CAAGAACUUUCGCAAAAUUUCGAUUGUACAGUCAACAUAGAACUGCUCCUGUUCGAUAUACCAUACCUAUAUCAUCAACUGGAAAUCCAAUUUCAGUCAGAAUGUCGCAAGACACAGGUCUUUUCUCGGUGCGACGGCCUCGAGAGACUCUAGGUGGCAUAAAUUACAAUUCCAACAUCCCACAGCCAGCAUCUGCCAUGAAGCGUUCAAACUCUCUGUCUGGCUCAAAUGGCAACGCGCCUUUUACUGCAAGUCAUGUACGCUCAAUCUCAGGAUCGCGCGCUUCUCUUGCUCCUCCACGACCAAAUCAGCCACAGUUUCAACGCUCUUCCUCGGGAACGAACCUGGCUGAGAUGGGAAUGUCAUCAGUAAAAAGGACAUCAUUCCAAAACACCAGUGGGCGCAAAAGCUAUGCGCCUGGUGGGAUGACAAGUGGAAUGGGACGUUCGUCUGCAGAGAACGAUAGAAGGAGUAGCGUGCAUACCUACAGAUCCAGAGGCUCGAACAGCGGUCCGAUGGGCCACCAGAGCUUUUUUCAACAAGCACCACAACCAGCAGGCGCCCCUACAGAUCCUCGAAAGCUGAAGGACCGCUCCGUUCAGGUGAAGGUUGGGCAGGACAUCCUCGAUUAUAUGACUGCCAAUAAUUUCGAGAUGGAGAUGAAACAUAUGAUCUCGCAGAACAUGGUGAAGUCUCCAACUCAAAAAGACUUCGUGUACAUGUUCCAAUGGUUGUACCAUCGUAUCGAUCCAAGCUACCGCUUUCAGAAAAACAUCGACCAAGAAGUACCGCCUAUCAUGCAGCAACUCAGAUAUCCUUACCAAAAGUCAAUCACUAAAAGCGCUCUUUCGGCUGUGGGAUCCCAGAACUCAUGGCAUCUCUUCCUGGGCCUGCUUCACUGGAUGAUGCAGCUAGCUCAGAUGCUUGAGGGCUAUGCCUCGAACCAUUACGAUGAUGCCUGUGCCGAGACUGGUGUUGACGUGAGUGGGGACCGGAUCAUCUUCGAUUUUCUCAGUCGUGCAUAUCGAGAUUGGCUAUCCAUGGAUGACGACGCUGGAGACGAGGACCAAGAUAGGGUUCUAGCUCCACAUGUUGAAGCUAUGGCGCAGGAAUUCGAUAGAGCAAACUCAAAAUACCUUGACGAACUGCACAUUCUGGAAGGGGAGCAUGAAAGGCUUCAGAGAGAAAUCGAGGCUCUCGAGAAAUCUGGAUCCGACGUUGCAACUUUGGACAAGAAUUUCAAGAUCAUGGAGGACGACAAGGUCAAAUUCGAAGAGUUCGAUAGUCGGAUGAAUCAGAAGUCCGAGAAAUACGAAUCCCGGAUACAGUUUCUUCAAGAAGAGCUCGACAAGGUCAUGGUUGAGUUGAAAGAAGCUGACGAUGAAAGAUCAAAUCUGCAAAAAGCAGUUGAUGAGCAAGGAAUCAGCAUGGCUGAUAUUGAUCGUAUGACUGCCGAAAGAGAAAGACUUCAGAAAGGCAUAGAGUCAACAUCACAACGUCUAGAAGAAGCAAAGAAGAAGGUCACAGACAAGGAAGGAGAAGCAAGUCGAAAACUUGAUGAGCUAGAGAGGAUGGUCGACAAGUACAACAGCCUAGGCUACCAAAUAGGUCUCAUCCCAUCGACGGCGCCAAAUGCGAAGGGAAAGAAUUACGAGCUGCAGGUGGUUGUCAAUGAAGGCCCCAACUUCUCCUCCUCUCAAAUUGGUUCUUCCCGAGGUGGGAACGCCGACAGUGAUCGACUUUUAGCAGACCCUCUUACUGGCUACCAACCUGCUCACAUUUUGAACCUCGACCUUAGAGGGCAUGUGAAGACCAGUUUUGUGAGUCUCAGGAAGGAGAUCUCGGAGCGACGUACUGUUGCUAUGGAUGAAAUGAUGAAGCAUCAUGAGCUGCUUGACGGCAUCAAGGAAGCGAUCGAAGACAAGAGAGGCGAGGUCCAGGCUCUUGAGCAUCGUGUCAGGGCUGCAGAAGAGGAGUAUGAGAAGACCAAAGAGGUCACCACAACCCAGAAGUUGGCCUCUGAUACUCAGAUUGAGAAGAUGGAGAAAGAGUUAGCCAAGAUGCGCGCAGGUCUCACCGAGUCUGUACAACUCAUGGAGCAACGUGAAAUGAACACGAACAUUGAGUAUGAACAAUUGACUCUUGAAGCCAAUGCAUUGAGAGAAGAACUACAUACAGAAAUUGAAAGGAUGCUGAACGACAUCAUCAAGUUCAAAGUUCACAUACAGAAGAAUCUGGAAGAGUAUGAAACCUUUGUUACGGAUGAGGAAGAAAAUGAGCCUGGGGUUGAGGAAACCGAAGAUACCCAGGAUGUUGAGAUGAGAUGAUUUGUCUUUGAAGAGCAGUGUCACUUCGUUCUUGUACUGCGUAUUUGGGAUAAAAUGCGGUUUGCAGCUUCACGUCUGCGUAUAUGUGGAAGGAGGUGACGGUGGGCGUUCUGGUUAGGGUAGCAUAACGUUGUAAUGAUUCAUGUCUCGACUGUG